GUCUCGCUAUACCGCUUUGAGGGAAGAAGGAGGAAAAUUAUCCGAUAUCGUUAGAGCCACACCGAAAUUGCAUUAAGCCUAGCUUGCCACCAAGAGCCAAACAGUCAUCAUGAUGCUGAGCACGGAAGGCAGGGAGGGGUUCGUGGUCAAGGUCAGGGGCCUACCCUGGUCCUGCUCAGCCGAUGAAGUAAUGCACUUCUUCUCUGGUUGCAAAAUCCAAAAUGGCACAUCAGGUAUUCGUUUCAUCUACACCAGAGAAGGCAGACCAAGUGGUGAAGCAUUUGUUGAACUUGAAUCUGAAGAUGAAGUGAAAUUGGCUUUGAAGAAGGACAGAGAAACCAUGGGACACAGAUACGUUGAAGUAUUCAAGUCCAACAGUGUUGAAAUGGAUUGGGUGUUGAAGCAUACAGGCCCGAAUAGUCCUGAUACCGCCAGUGAUGGCUUCGUCCGGCUUAGAGGACUCCCAUUUGGCUGUAGCAAGGAAGAAAUUGUUCAGUUCUUUUCAGGGUUGGAAAUUGUGCCAAAUGGGAUGACACUGCCGGUGGACUUUCAGGGGCGGAGCACAGGGGAGGCCUUUGUGCAGUUUGCUUCACAGGAGAUAGCUGAAAAGGCCUUAAAGAAACACAAGGAAAGAAUAGGGCACAGGUACAUUGAAAUCUUCAAGAGUAGCCGAGCUGAAGUUCGAACCCACUAUGAUCCUCCUCUAAAGCUCAUGGCUAUGCAGCGGCCUGGUCCCUAUGAUAGGCCAGGGGCUGGCAGAGGGUAUAAUAGCAUUGGCAGAGGAGCUGGAUUUGAAAGGAUGAGGCAGGGUGCCUAUGGUGGAGGGUAUGGAGGCUAUGAUGACUAUGGUGGCUAUAAUGAUGGGUAUGGCUUUGGGUCUGAUAGAUUUGGAAGAGACCUCAAUUACUGUUUUUCAGGAAUGUCUGAUCAUAGAUAUGGAGAUGGUGGGUCCAGUUUCCAGUGCACCACAGGGCACUGUGUGCACAUGAGAGGGUUACCUUACAGAGCCACUGAGAAUGAUAUUUACAAUUUUUUCUCGCCUCUUAACUCCAUGAGAGUACACAUUGAAAUUGGACCUGAUGGCAGAGUUACUGGUGAGGCAGAUGUUGAAUUUGCUACUCAUGAAGAUGCUGUGGCAGCUAUGGCAAAAGACAAAGCCAAUAUGCAGCACAGAUAUGUGGAACUCUUCUUGAAUUCUACUGCAGGAACAAGUGGGGAUGCUUAUGGUCUCAGCUAUGUAGAGCUGUUUUUGAAUUCUACAGCAGGGGCAAGUGGUGGUGCUUACGGUAGCCAAAUGAUGGGAGGGAUGGGCUUAUCCAACCAGUCUAGUUAUGGGGGUCCUGCUAGCCAGCAGCUGAGUGGUGGGUAUGGAGGUGGUUAUGGUGGUCAGAGCAGUAUGAGUGGAUAUGACCAAGUUCUGCAGGAAAACUCCAGUGAUUAUCAAUCGAACCUUGCUUAAGUAGAGAAGGUGCACCAAACAGCUACUACAGAAAUAAAAGCUGUGCAUUUAUGGGAGUUGAAUAGAAUGGGAGGAAUGUCUAGCAUAUCCGGUAUGGUUUGGUAAAUG